AUGGAAGAUAUGGAGAACGAGAACAAAACACUCCGUGAUCAGAUGAAAGAACAUCAGGAAAGAGUCGAUAAAAUACCGGGCGCUCCGAAGUUGCUACCGAAACGCGAUGCAGGCCGAUUCGUCGAGCAGCCGUAUAGUAAAGGAGCAGCCCCCCCCACUAUCCCGAAAACAUUCAAAAUGCCAUUGAAAAUAUACGAUGGCACCACGGAUCCGAAGGAUCACCUGAUUCACUAUGUCACCGCGGUAAAAGACAACGAUCUGUCGAAAGAACAAGUUCCCUCGGUACUGUUGAAAAAAUUCGGCGAAACUCUGACAGGGGGAGCGCUGACAUGGUACUCCCAACUACCAGCGAGGUCAAUAUCAACAUUCGAAGAAAUGGCAGAUAAGUUCGUAACCGCCCACGCGGGAGUAAAAAAGGCGGAAGCCAAAGUAAAUGACAUCUUCGCCGUCAGACAAAUGAUGGGCGAGGGACUUCGAGACUUCCUAGCCAGAUUUAACAGGGUAAGAAUGGGCCUAUCCAACGUUUCGGAGGGAAUGGCGGUGGCAGCCUUCCAGAAUGGGUUAAACAGAAGCGGGUCGAAAGCAACAAAAAAAUUGUUGAGCAGGAUCAUGAAAUACCCUCCCACUACAUGGGAAGAAAUCCAUAACGCCUAUUGUGCCGAAGUAAGAGCGGAUGAGGAAGACUUGAAUGGACCACCCAGACCGAAGCAAGGAGGGAGCGCCGUAACGACGGGCGGAGGGAUCAACUAUCCCUUUUCAAUCGAGAAAGAAAUAGUAUAUGCACUGGAAAAGCUUGGCACAAAGGUGCAGUGGUCGCAAAAGAUGAGGUCGGACCCGAGCACCCGGAGAUCGAACAUUCUGUGUGAAUUCCACCAGGAAAGGGGACACAAAACCGAAGACUGCAUAGGUCUGCAGCAAGAAGUAGUAAGAAUGUUAAACCAGGGGCACAUGAAAGAACUACUGAGCGACCAAGGACGAACCAACUUCGCUCGAGGUCGCGAUCAGGGACCACCGAAGCCAACCUCGCCAGCCCGUAUCAUACAAAUGAUCAUCGGAGGCGGCGACGAUGAAGCAAUCAACCAUGUGAAAUUCACCACCAUACAUAAACUCAAGCAGACAAUCGCCCAUGAACGUGGAAUGGACCUCGGGAGAAAUAAUGUUGCCCGUUCUGGCAGGAGGGGUCACCCUAGAAAUGACGUUUCACGUCAUGAACCAAGAAACAGCCUGCAACGCUAUCAUAGGGCGUCCGUGGAUACAUGCCAUGCGAGCCGUCCCGUCUAG